AUGCAAGUUUUUGGGGCACAUCCGAAGAGAGCCACCACUCUUAUGUUGAGAAUGAUUGACGGUUGGCUUGCAUAUUAUGGGGGUCCAUUCCUGGUUCCAAACAUGUGGGAGAGAUGGUUCCGUUUGAAUGUGAUCCAUGAUGUGGAGGCCUCCAUCGUGAAGGUUUAUGUUGAUGGUGUUCAAGUUUUUCAACUACCUGGUCAUGGUGGUUCCUUCCACUACUUCAAAUUUGGGAUUUAUGCACAACCUAAUGCUUCCUACUACAUGGAAUCCCGCUGGAAAGGAAUUAGAGUUCUCAAGAAAGAUUAUUAG